UAAUUAAUGGAUCCGGCUGAAGUGCGGCGGGUGUUCCAAAUGUUCGAUAAAAAUGGGGAUGGUAAGAUCACGAAGAAAGAGCUUCGCGACUCCCUAGAAAACUUGGGGAUUCGCAUCUCGGAUACAGAUAUGAUCCAAAUGAUCGAGAAGAUUGACAUAAACGGAGACGGGUGUGUUGAUAUUGACGAAUUCGGGGAACUAUACCAAUCGAUAAUGGACGAUAAAGACGAAGACGAGGAUAUGAAGGAGGCAUUCAACGUGUUCGAUCAAAACGGAGAUGGGUUCAUAACAGAAGAAGAAUUGAGCACAGUCUUAGAUUCUUUAGGGCUGAAACACGGGAAGGCACUGGAAGAGUGCAAGAGAAUGAUCAAGAAAGUGGAUGCAGAUGGGGAUGGAAUGGUCAAUUUCAUGGAGUUUAAGCGAAUGAUGAAAGCUGGUGGGUUUGCCGCUACCUGUGAGUUGAUACAUGAAACAGAGAGGGUGUAAGCCUAGUUAAUCAUG